AGCUCAGCACCCGACGUAAUCCUCCAUCAAGUGCUUGCAUGCAACCAUUCGCAACUUGAACUCCCAUCAACAACGACGCCAUCACGAACACUCCUCGAACCUGAUAACACGAUAAUUUCUACGACCGAAUCGAUCGCUUUAUUGUCACGUUUGAUACUACGACAUCAUGUCUGCCCAGAACUCAGCUGGUAUUCAACAGCUGCUCAACGCUGAGCAAGAUGCUUCCAAGAUUGUCCAGAAAGCCCGAGAAUACCGUACCAAGCGCGUCAGGGAAGCUCGCGAUGAGGCCAAGCAAGAGAUAGCCGACUACAAAGCCAAGAAGGAAGAAGAAUAUAAGAAAUUCGAGGCCGAGCACAGCAAGGGCAACGAGCAAGCCGAGGCCGAGGCCAACCAGGAAGCCGAGAAGCAAAUCAAGAGCAUCCAGGAGGCUGGCAAGAAGGGACAAGCUCAGGUCAUCAAGAACCUCCUCAGCGCCGUCUUCGACGUCAACCCCGUUCCCCCCACCAAGUCCUGA